UUAGCUCCAAUCUAUGAUCAGAUGGAACCACUAAGAGAAAAAAAAAAGGCCAUCACGCUGAUGACAUGAAUGAAUUAUUUUCCACCAGUUACCAGGUCAAAAUGAUCUCCACCAGUUUCUGUGUGUGUGUUGACCAGAACUGUUCCAUGAGAGACCAUCAUGCGUGCUGCGGAAUAUACAUUUUCAUCAAAUUUGUCAGAAAAUGAUCAUUUAUUUAUGAGAAAUAAUGUACCUUUAUUUAGGUAGAAUAUUCACGUAAAUUGACACAAGACCAUCAGACAUUUUAGUUUGGUAACGUGCCGUGACAUUUUUCUAAAAAGGAAAGUAAAGGUUGGUAAGCACUCCGCUAGAGGCCCUAGUGCUCCUCGUUUGUGCUGCAAGGAUUGGAAAUAGCCUCUCAAAUAUUAAACCAAGUUUCAAAACUUUUUCCAAUGAUGUUCUAAUCUGUCUCUCAUUUGUGUAAACAUUAAACCAGGAAAAAGUGUCCCUCACACUUUUCUACCAAUACUCUUGUCAGUAAAACUGUAUUGCCAACGGUCCACAAAGUUGUCACACUCUUAAAUGUGUUAUCUGAUCUCAGGAGCAUUUCAAAAAACACCAAGAGGUAAACUCCUGCAGAUUGCGAGGCAGAGGAGGGUCAGUGUGAAUCACGGUCGGUGAUUCCACGGUAUGAGUAAUUGUCUUCAGCUCGGAAAAGGUUUUCUCUCUCACUAUCACUUUUUUCUGAUCUCAGUGUUUGCACAAGUGGAUCAUUUUGAAGUAUUCCAUUUUCAAGAAUCAAGCACAAGGCAUCGUCCGCACCUGAACUCAGCAUGGUUGGCACAGGUGGUCCGGUUGCGACCUUCUCCGUGUGGGACUAUGUGGUGUUUGUGGUCAUGAUUGUGAGCGCCGCUGGAGUCGGGCUCUUCCAGGCCUUCCGAGGACGCAAGGAGAACAGCAGUGAGGAGUUCUUUCUGGGCGGACGGCAAAUGACGGCGGUACCUGUGGCCAUGUCGCUCACAGCCAGCUUCAUGUCCGGCGUCACCGUCAUUGGCACGCCGGCCGAGGCGUACUUGUACGGAACGUCCUUCUGGCUCUUUGGCAUCAGCUACGUCAUCAUGUCGGUCAUCACCGCUGAGAUUUUUGUGCCCCUCUUUUACCGGCUGGGGAUCACCAGUGCCUAUGAAUACCUGGAGAUGCGCUUCAACCGGCUCAUUCGCAUACUUGGGACUAUGAUGUACACCAUGCAGACGAUCCUGUACACCGGUUUGGUCAUCUACGCACCGGCUCUCGCUAUGAAUCAAAUCACUGGAAUGGAUCUGUGGGGAGUGCUGGUGGCUACGGGGAUAGUGUGCAUCAUCUACUGCACUUUGGGUGGCCUGAAAGCCGUCAUUUGGACCGACGUGCUACAAAUGGUGAUCAUGCUAGCCGGUUUUGUGGCAGUAAUAGCGAGAGGGGCCGUACUUCAGGGAGGCCUGGACAAGAUUUGGGAAGAUGCCAGUCAAGGGGGUAGACUCCAGACAUUUGACUUUGACCCUGAUCCUCUGAAGCGACAUACUUUCUGGAGUAUCACUAUAGGUGGUAGCGUGACAUGGAUGUCAGUCUACUCCAUAAACCAGUCCCAAGUGCAGCGCUACAUCUCAUGCAAAACACUGCGCCAUGCCAAGAUGUCCUUGUAUGUGAACAUGGUGGGCUUGUGCGCGACUCUCAGUCUGGCUAUGUUGUCCGGCCUCGCCAUGUUCUCCAUUUACAAGAAUUGCGACCCGUUCACCAAUGGCGAUGUCGGUUCCACAGACCAGGUAGACGCAAGUUUGCGACCCGGCCAUCACGCAGGCAUUGAAAAAGAUUGUUUUUCCGAAAAACAGUUGCUGCCCUACCUGGUCAUGGACAUCUUGGCCGUCUACCCCGGAAUCCCUGGUUUGUUUGUGGCUGCUGCGUACAGUGGGACCCUGAGCACUGUAUCUUCCAGCAUCAAUGCCCUUGUUGCCGUCACUGUGGAAGACUUCAUUCGGCCCAUGUGCAAAAACCUCUCAGUGAAGCAGACGACCUGGAUCAACAUGGGUCUGAGUGUGUUUUUUGGUGCUCUGUGCAUUGGGAUGGCAGGAGUGGCUUCACGGUUGGGAAGCGUUCUGCAGGCAGCUCUCUCCAUAUUUGGGAUGCUGAGCGGGCCACUUCUGGGGCUGUAUCUAUUAGGCAUGCUUUUUCGCACAGCCAACUCAAUUGGAGGCCUCGCAGGAAUGUUCCUCAGCCUCGUGUUGACACUCUGGGUGGGGAUCGGGGGUCAGAUCUACCCGCCGACAGCAGCCAAGACAAACCCUCUGCCGGUCACCACUGCGGGUUGCAACAGCACACUCCAGUACAACACGAGCACAGCAAGUCCCUGGACCACUUCAGUCAGCCACACAACGCAACCCAAUGUUAGGCCCCCUUUGGCAGACUUCUGGUAUUCUCUGUCCUACGUCUACAUCGCUUUCCUCGGUACAUUGACAACCAUCGUGAUCGGCAUGUUGGUGAGCGUACUCACAGGUGGAUGCAAGCAAGAAAAGCUGAACUGCCAACUAUUUGUGAGGAAAAGUGACUUGGUGUGUUUCAGCUGCAGCAGUAAAUCACAGGCCUCAGGAAAAACAGACAAGGGUGCGGCAAACAGCUACUUGGAAGCAGACAAGUCAGGAUUUGUACAUUGUGACCCGACAAGUGGCGAUUUCAUUGAAGCGACCAAACUUUAAGAAUGCAUUAAGAUUUUGUACCCCUGACA